CCGGGUCAUAUGCCGGGGCGGGCCGGGCCCGCGCGUUGCUGCUCCGGCCCCGCGGCCGCUCUUUGCUUGUGGCGGCCCCGACCCGCCCGGCCCCGCCAUGUCCCCCGCCGUGUCCCCCGCCGUGUCCCCUACCGUGUCCUCCGCCGUGUUGCUCCGGGCACUGCCGCUGGCCGCGCUGCUGCUGCUCAGCCCGGCGCAGACAGCCCGGCAGGCACGGAGGCCCAACGUGGUGCUUAUCCUCACGGACGACCAGGAUGUCUGCCUGGGCGGCAUGACCCCCCUAAAGAAGACUAAUGCUCUCAUUGCGCAAAUGGGAAUAACUUUCACAAAUGCAUAUGUUGCCAGUGCACUUUGCUGUCCCAGUCGAGCUAGCAUUUUAACAGGAAAAUAUCCACAUAAUCAUCAUGUUGUCAAUAACACUCUGGAAGGGAACUGUAGCAGCAAGUUAUGGCAGAAGAUUCAAGAACCAUACACCUUCCCAGCGCUGCUCAAAGCAAUGUGUGGUUAUCAAACAUUCUUUGCUGGAAAGUAUUUAAAUGAGUACGGAGCAGAGGAUGCAGGAGGAGUAGGUCAUGUCCCUCCUGGAUGGAGUUUUUGGUAUGCUUUGGAGAAAAAUUCAAAGUACUACAACUAUACUCUCUCAGUAAAUGGCAAAGCACGAAGGCAUGGCGAGAACUACAGUGUAGAUUAUCUGACAGAUGUACUGGCCAAUAUGUCAUUGGACUUCUUGGAGUACAAAUCUAAUUUUGAACCCUUCUUUAUGAUGAUCUCAACUCCAGCACCACACUCCCCUUGGACACCUGCUCCACAGUAUACAAAGAGCUUUCAGAAUGUCAGUGCACCAAGAAACAGCAAUUUUAAUAUUCAUGGCAAGAACAAGCACUGGUUAAUUCGACAAGCAAAGACUCCAAUGACCAACUCUUCAAUACAGUUUCUUGAUGAUGCUUAUAGAAAGCGGUGGCAAACUCUGCUGUCAGUAGAUGACCUGGUAGAGAAACUUGUGAAGAAAUUGGAAGUGAAUGGAGAAUUAGACAACACGUACAUCUUUUACACAUCAGACAAUGGCUUCCACACUGGCCAGUUUUCUUUGCCAAUAGACAAACGGCAGCUCUAUGAGUUUGAUAUCAAAGUUCCAUUGCUGGUUCGAGGACCAGGGAUAAAACCAAAUCAGACAAACAAGAUGCUUGUUGCAAAUAUUGAUUUGGGUCCCACUAUUCUGGAUAUUGCGGGGUAUGACUUGAAUAAGACCCAGAUGGAUGGGAUGUCACUAUUGCCACUMUUGAGAGGAGACAGAAAUGUCACAUGGAGAUCAGACUUCCUGGUAGAGUACCAAGGAGAAGGAUACAAUGGCACUGAUCCUACCUGUCCUGGCCUAGGACCUGGAGUCACGCACUGCUUCCCAGACUGUGUCUGUGAAGAUUCCUAUAACAACACGUAUGCUUGUGUACGGACAAUGUCAGCAUCCUGGGAUCUGCAAUACUGUGAAUUUGAUGACCGGGAGGUGUUUGUGGAAGUGUAUAACUUGACUGCAGAUCCACACCAGAUCAAUAACAUUGCUAAAACAAUUGAUCAAGAAAUUCUAGAAAAGAUGAAUUAUCGACUAAUGAUGCUGCAGUCCUGCUCAGGGGCAACGUGCCRUACACCAGGUGUCUUUGAUCCCAGGUACAGCUUUAACCCACGGCUCAUGUUCAGCCAUCAUGGCCCACGGGCUCGGAGGUUUUCUGCRCAGUUCUUAUAACACCCUAAGAGCCUCUUGCAAUGGGCUCCAACUGACCAGUUUCUCCAGUGACUACAGCAGGUCUGUCUCUGUUAACUUUCGCUGAUCACAGCUGGAAGACUUUUAGUGGGCUUUUCAAACGCUGUUUGGAAGGAAAUCCCUUGUCUUUAGCUGGUUGCCUUGUGCAAUAUAUAUAUUUUACAGCUGAACUCUAACUGUAAAUUGUUAGACAGCUAAUCUGUCUUGCUCAGAUCGUUGAUUACCACCUUUGUCUUUCAAGUACCUUUUCAUAUCAGAGGCACACAGGUGAACCUAUGCCUAUGAAUCUGAACAUUUUAUUUUGUUCUAAAAAAAAUCAAUAGAUGUGUAUUUGAGUCAGGUUAGAUAGGCAGGGUGCUAUUGCACAGUAAUGCUCACCCAUAUUCAGUGUCACAGACCUUCUUAAAAGCUAUGCUUAAUUAUAGGUUUCCUGUAUUGAGCUCCAAGCUGUUAAUGACAAUAGCAAACUAGCCCAAAAGAGAGUAGGAGGGCAUUAGUCAAAAGCAUAGGAUAUGGCUAGCGAGUGUCUUGUGCAGAAUUAAAAUCUAUCCACUAGUGUCUUUCAAUGAGACCACUUCAGAUGAGACCAAUGAUUUUUGUAGGACAGCUUUGGUAGCUUGCAAAGAAGAAUGUAAUUUCAGCCUCCUGGUUUGAAAUGCUAGCUGRGUUACCAUGUACUACUGAAAAACCUCUUAGGGUUUUAGAUGGACUGACUUCCUAGUGAGUUAAACAAGAGACUAUUGAGACUAACAAUUGUUCAAGUAAGUGUGCCUGUGCUUUGAGCUAUAUCUUAAGUCUGUUUUUAAUAUACAAACAGAAGUAAUACUAAAAUAAACAAAAUCCAGCGACCAGGGCACCACAGUAGAGGUGAUCUGUCUCUAACCUCCAAAUUUCUUGAAUUGUCUAACUUCUUAUGUUGAUUAGAUUAUUGAAGGUAAAUUAUUUUGAAAGCAAACUAGCUCAAAAUAAAUCAUAGAAUCAUUGCUCACUAGACAUUAGGCUAAGAGCUAUUUUAGGCAGUUUAAGUACUUCAUAGAGUGUUGCUUUUUGGUUGAGACAUAACUACUUGGAAC